AUGGCUUCCAAAUUUCUAUACCAAUACAUUUGUUUUGCUUUGGUUUUCAUUACGGGGACUUUGGUUGCUCAAGCAACAUCCCGCUCUCUACAAGAGGCAUCAAUGAUGUAUGAGAGGCACGAACAAUGGAUGUCUCAUCAUGGACGUGUAUAUAAAGAUGCAAAUGAGAAGGGAAAACGUUUCAAGAUUUUCCAAGAAAAUAGUUCAAGACCUCACGAAACAAAUUCAAGGGCCAUAUGUGCUCCCCUGCAACAACUUCCUUCCUUCAAAUAUGAAAAUGUGACGGCAGUGCCUUCUACUAUGGACUGGAGAAAGAAAGGUGCAGUAACCACUGUCAAGGACCAAGGCCAGUGUGGAUGUUGCUGGGCAUUUUUGGCUGUCGCAUCCAUGGAAGGAAUAACCCAACGAACAACUGGUAAGUUAAUAUCUCUAUCAGAGCAAGAGUUGGUCGACUGUGACACAAGCGGUGAAGAUCAAGGUUGUGAGGGUGGUCUCAUGGAUGAUGCUUUCCAGUUCAUCCAAAAAAAUCACGGCCUUGCUUCUGAAGCUAAUUAUCCUUAUGAGGGUACAGAUGGAACUUGCAACACCAACAAAGCAUCAAACCAUGUAGCUAAGAUAACUGGAUACGAAGAUGUCCCGAACAAUAGCGAAAGUGCAUUACUAAAAGCUGUAGCAAAACAACCAGUCUCUGUUGCCAUUGAUGCUGGGGGUUCUGACUUUCAGUUCUACUCUAGUGGCGUCUUCACAGGGGAUUGUGGUACUGAUCUAGACCAUGGUGUUACUGCUGUUGAGCAAGAGUUGGUCGACUGUGACACAAGCGGUGAAGAUCAAGGUUGUGAGGGUGGUCUCAUGGAUGAUGCUUUCCAGUUCAUCCAAAAAAAUCACGGCCUUGCUUCUGAAGCUAAUUAUCCUUAUGAGGGUACAGAUGGAACUUGCAACACCAACAAAGCAUCAAACCAUGUAGCUAAGAUAACUGGAUACGAAGAUGUCCCGAACAAUAGCGAAAGUGCAUUACUAAAAGCUGUAGCAAAACAACCAGUCUCUGUUGCCAUUGAUGCUGGGGGUUCUGACUUUCAGUUCUACUCUAGUGGCGUCUUCACAGGGGAUUGUGGUACUGAUCUAGACCAUGGUGUUACUGCUGUUGGUUAUGGGACCAGCGACGAUGGAAUUAAAUAUUGGCUAGUGAAAAAUUCAUGGGGCACAAGUUGGGGUUAA